AAUGAAAAUGUGUAUCAAAUCUCAGCGUCUCAGAAUAAAUCACUUAACAAGAUUUAUACAAGUGACUUGAUUAUCUCAUACUUUGAAAAAUAAUUUUUUAUUAUAUAAAUGUUUUAAAAAAUGUUUAUGUAAUGCGGACAUAUGUAAUGAAUCUUUGUUACGUGCCAAAGAUUUUGUAUGACAUAAACAUUUUUUUUAAUUUACAUAUAACGAAAAGUUAUUUUUUAAAAUAUAAAAUAAUCAAAUUUAUAUUAUAUAAUUAUUAAUAUUGUUUUUUAUAUUAUAUUGUGACAUCUUCAAAAAUUUUUUAGUCAUAUGUAAAGGAGAGGCUCUAUAUUUGAAUUAGAUGAUAUAUAUAAUUUCUCUUUUAGUGACCGUUUAGGACUUUUAUAGAUAAAACGCGAUUAAGUUACAGAUAACUUCUUAUAAUUUUUAUAAUUUUAUAACGUAUAUGUGACAUGCAAAUUCUUUGUUAUAUUAUGUAAUAAUGCUCUGUAUUAAUUAAACGUCGAAGGGAAAUUAAAUUAUGAAACGAUGAACGUACAUCACGCCUGAAUAAUUGAAAACCUGUCGUUUGCGAAGCGAUAUGCGGAACCGAUUUACCGGCCGAUGGAAACGGUCAGAUUUUAAUCUUAUUAUUACGGCAUUCUGCUUCGAUGGAAUUUCAUUGUUCGACGAAUUGCUAUCGGACUCCCUCAAACACGCGGGAUGCGUAACAACCGGAAGUUAGGACCGGAACUAUGUGUGUACCGCUUCGUUCCAUGCCUAUGUGUGACGAAAACUUGGAAAACCGUACAGUUCACAUCUCGUUAGUACACAUAUCGCUGUUCCCGCUAUCCCAUGUUACUCUUUCUCGUAACAUGGGUACAGUGUGAGAGAAUCGAAAGAACCGUCCUGAAUAGAAAAGUGUAAAAAAUAAUCUGAAAAAUCCAUAAUAGGUGAAGUUUAUUUUUGGAUUGUUGUAUUUGUAAUUUAGAAACAUUUUAGAUUUUUAGAAUUUUAUAAAUUGUUAUUUUUAUUUACCAUAUUAAUUGUUAUUGGUGUUUCCAUUUUGAUACUAAUGUUAACAUAAUUAUAUGAAAUUAUUUCAAAACAUAAUAUAAAAUCAUUAAGUAUUAUACAUUUUUUAGUGAGAUAGAAUUCCGUCAAACGAACUCCAUGUCAAGAUUAUCGCAUCUCGAGGAUCCUAAUGAUCGGAUAGUGGACGAUACAUGAUACUUGCGUUUCAGUGUAAGUUCUGUGCAAAAUAAAUGAAUUUAAAAAAACCAGAGAAAUUUACAUGCUUUAAAAUUAAAUAUUUAAUUCACAAUACAUCGAAAUUUUAUUUCAUAGUUUUCGAUUUUCUAUCUAUCUCUUUCCAUUCUGGAUACAUUAUUAAACUUUACUAAAAUGUCAAUUUUUAAUCUCUCUUUCUCUCUCUCUCUCUCUCUCGUAAGGAAAAUAUCUUGUUUUAAUGUCUGACUGCCUACCGAAAUAAUUUUAAAUAGAAAAAUAAUAGAAAAUAAAAAUAUAUUUAAUUAUUUUUAAAUUUUUUAAGUGAAUUUAAUCUACGAUAUCAGGAUUUUAUUUCAAAGUACUCUAUUCGAAGUACUUUUUUCGAAGAUUUCCUCUCUAUUUCUCUCUAUUCUGAACAUAUUAUUAGACUUUUUAUUUUAAUGUCAAAUUUUGGUUGUGACAAAGAGAUUUAUAUCAUGUUUUGUUUGACUCAAUAAAAAAAAAUUAAAAAUAGAUGAAAGAAUAGAAGCGUAUUUAAUAAUUAAAAAAAAUUUAAGAUACAAGUUUUAAAUUUUAAUCUUUUUUCACAGUUAAUAGCAAUAAUUUUGAUUAAAUUAUCUAUAGUUUGUAUAAAGAUUCAUUUGUGUUUUAAUAGAAUAAAAGAUUAUUUAUUGAUAUUCGGAAUUGUGAAGAAGUGGAGUUUCGUAUUAAAAUCUUCAUAAAUUGAAUCCUUUGUGAUUUGAAUUCCUUCGCAGAUAAAGUAAAAAAUUAAAGAAGCACCAUCAUAUUCGGAUAUGUGGUGGAUCUUGUUAUUGUGUUGCUGGUAUCCUUUGUCAUGGAGCUUGACUUGGUAUCCUCCAGCUGCCUUGAAUGUGAUGCGCGGGGAACAAAUGGACCUUAUGGAUGUCGCGAACUCUACUUAUGCUUCUGUCUUGAAGAGAAAUACCGUGAGCAACGGUGUCGCGGUUAAUGGCCCAGAAUCUGUCGAUUCGGGACAAUUCCCCAUCAAUUCCGUCGAUCGCGACCGCGAACCAUUCGACGAAGUAGAGCGCAUCGAACCCAGGCAAUGGCCAGGCAGGCCGGAUAUCCUACCGACCCGCAGCACCGCACCUUUCACCACGGAAAGGUCUUUACCACCCAGAUCUCCACAGCCCACAACAUUGGCGCAAAGAAACCCUUCGACGCAAAGAUUUCCUACUAUUACUGCACCACCUCCAACGGUCACUGUCGAUGAAGUCUUUUGCGAUUUCGGGCCCGCGCCGUCGAUGCCGCUUUGCGAAUGGCAAAACGGUAAUGGUGCUUUGGAUUGGACUUCAGGUACUGGAAUGGGCACCAACUGGUUAGGUGGACCAACGACCGAUGCCACGAGUGGUUCUAUGGAGGGAGGAUACGCCUUUUUGGAGACGUCGCAGAUACCUUCAAAGGACCUUAAGUUCAAGAGUUCCGGUGGUCUUUUGCACAGUCCACAACUGGGUAGCACUGGGGUCACUGGUACCUGUUUUAUGUUCAAGUACACCAUGGAUGGUCUCAGUAUCGCGGGACUGCGAGUACUGCUUCACGUUGGCACGGAUGAGUUUUCAUUUAAGAAGGAACAGCCCGAGGAAUUGCCCGUAGAAAAUAUCACAGCAGUGCCAUGCGAACCGGUAGAGAUCGUGGAAGAGCGUGUACUGUGGCACGCGCAGUAUUACACGCUCGGAGCAUGGCAGCAGGCCCAAAUACUUUACACUUAUCCUGAAUUACACUCGAUAGUUAUUGAAGGCGUGCCGGUGGAAUCCACGGAUCCGUCGCGUCUAUAUCGUGGUUACAUCGCCAUAGACGACAUAGAUCUGCAGCCUGGUACAUCAUGCGUUGGAUUCUGUAAUUUUGCCGGCGGCUUCUGUGACUGGAACAACGACGCGGAAGACGAUUUCGACUGGACCAUAAGUCGCGGAAGUGGAAAUCCCACGACCGGUCCGGCGAUGGAUAGCUCUACUGACCGUGCCACAGCCGGUGGCUACGCCUUCAUCGAUUCCAGCUUCCCGCGAAGACCCGGCGACAUGGCAAAAAUCAUAAGCUCGAGCUUUCCGGCAACAAUGCCGGAUGCGCCGAUGUGCAUGCAUUUUUGGUUUCACAUGUUCGGAUUCGGAAUCGGUUACUUGAAGUUAUUCCUACGUCAUUUUCGCAGCUCAGACACGCAACUGCAGGAAAUCUGGGGCCUGUCCGGAAACGCCGGCAACGCCUGGUUCAUGUCGCAAGUUACAAUCAGCUCCCUCGAUGAUUUUCAAUUAGUUUUUGAAGCCUCGGUCGGGAUUGCCGGCGUGGGAGACAUCGCGAUUGAUGAUAUUUCAUAUGGACCAGGCGCCUGCCCUGUCUCACCUCAAGUAGCCGCUCCGAUAUCGCGAGAUUGCACCUUCGAGAUCGACGAAUGCGAAUGGAUAAACUCGCGAGAUCCAGAUCGCGUUGAAUGGGAGAGAGUGUCCACUCAAGUAUUAGGCCCGAGGAAUCAAAGGAAACCAUAUAGCAGCGGACAUACAAUUAAUCGACGCAAUGAAUAUUUUCUGGGGCUUGCACGUGUUCGAGGUGGUUCGCGGUCGUCCGGAGGUGGUACUGCUCAACUGGUCAGUCGACAGAUGAAGGGCUCCGAAGAACCGCUCUGUAUCACGUUCUGGUACUUUAUGUUCGAGCCGUUCAUUGAUUCUACAGGACCCAGCUUAGGUGUCUUACGACUAUACGUGCAAGCAGAGGGUGACGAUUCGAAGACUAAGCCUAUAUGGCAGUUGUACAAUAAUCAAGGCCCCACUUGGAAUUAUGCUCAAGCUAACAUUAAUCAAAAUACAGACUUCAAUAUCGUGUUCGAGGGCACAUGGGGUCCGAACAGAGCGAGUGGCAGCAUAGGAAUUGAUGAUAUUGCCUUUUAUACCGGAAAUUGCAGUGUGAAACCAAUGGGUGCAGUUGUCCGCGCAGAGGACUGCAGUUUCGAAAAGGAUUUGUGCGGAUGGGAGAACACAACUGUUUCCGAUAAUGAUCGUGCUGUGAUGUGGCAGCGUGCGUUCCAGACCCAUCGACCGGCUCAAUUAUUGGACAGAACUUUCGGCGCGACUGGUGAUUUUGUAUUCUUUGAUAUCUUCACGACAAAUAAGGAGUCGACGAAAGUUCAGCUGCAAUCGCCUGUUAUUAAUGCCUCGCCUGAUGAAGAGUUUGCAUGCUUCACCUUUUGGUUUGCCGCCUUCGGCGUGGAGGAGUCCACUACUCUACGAGUGAUCAAAAUGGCCGCUGAGGGAGAAGCCGAUGGAGAGGGUGAGGGCGAACAAGAACAACCGUUAUGGUCAUUAACAGCCAAAGGAUUGAACAAUCCACGACCGGUAUGGAUGGCGGCGCAAAUGACUAUUGAAGCGCGAACUCCGUAUCGACUUAUUCUCGAGGGGAGCGCUAGUAAUGGAGGCUUCGCCGUCGACGACAUAAAGUUCCAGCCUCUAGCUUGCGCAACUCGACCAACCAGUGCUCAACCGGUCCAAAGUGAGACGUGAGAAAAACGUGGCGAAAUGAAUUUUUCUUAAUGUUGAAAUAAUCGAUCAUUUAGCCAUGAUUUUUAUAUGAUAUUGUAUUUAAUAUACUACAAAUAGAAAAUAAACCAUUUUAUAUAAAAUAAUUAAAUCAUUUUAAUUGAAACUGAUGUAUUAUAGAAUUACAUGUGAUCUAAAAAAUGAUACGUUUGAAUAAAUAAAAAAUAAACAUACAAA